GCUACCUUUCUUUCUUUCUCUCUAACAAAUUUCGAACCAAAGCCAAAUUAGGGAAUGAAUUAAUGCAGAUAGAACUUAUUGGAAGAACAAUCACAGAGUGGAAACUGAAAAUAAUAAAAAUGGAUAAAAAGGAAAGGGCAAAGGAAAGAAAGGAGAAAAGACGCCAAGAGAUCUCUCUUCUCCGUACUAUUCCCUAUUCUGAUCACCAAAGAUGGUGGUCAUCUGAAACCAUUGCUGUGGUGACCGGUGCAAAUAGAGGAAUUGGAUUUGAGAUUGCUCAUCAACUUGCAUCACACGGUGUUACUGUUGUACUUACGUCGCGAGAGACUGCCGUUGGUGAAGAAGCAGUGAAAGUCUUGCAAGAAGGAGGUCUAAAUGUGGCAUUUCAUCAAUUGGAUAUUUUGGAUCCUGCAUCAAUCCAAGCUUUUUGUGAUUGGAUUAAGGAAACAUAUGGUGGCCUAGAUAUACUGAUCAACAAUGCAGGAGUCAAUUUCAAUUUCGGCAAAGAUAAUUCUGUGGAAUUUGCUGAAAUGGUAAUCCAAACGAAUUACUUUGGCACCAAAAAUAUGAUCAAAGCUCUGGUUCCGUUAAUGAGGCCUUCUCCUGCUGGUGCGCGUAUUGUUAGCGUGACCUCGCGAUUGGGUAGACUUAAUAGCAAACGAAAUGGAAUUUCAAAUAUCGCUGUGAGACAACAAUUGGAAGAUGUGGACACGUUAUCCGAGGAAGUGAUCGAUAAUACUAUGAACACAUUUUUGGAACAAGUAAAAGAUGGGACUUGGGAAUCAGGUGGAUGGCCUCAUGUGUUUACAGAUUACUCAUUGUCAAAGCUAGCAGUUAAUGCAUACACCAGGUUAAUGGCGAGGAUACUCGAGGAACGGCCAGAAGGUCAUAAGAUAUACAUAAAUUGCUAUUGCCCGGGUUGGGUGAAAACUGCUAUGACUGGCUGGGCCGGGCAUGUUUCUAUAGAAGAAGCUGCUGAUACUGCAGUCUGGCUUGCUUUGCUUCCCGACCAGUUUGUGAGUGGUAAGUUUUUCGCUGAGAGGCGCGAGAUUAACUUUUAAACUGUCAGUGUAUACCGAUUCCAGAAGCUCGAUAUCUUUUUUGUUUUCAAAACAAGAUUGUGGUGGAGUUCGGAUUCAAGAUAAUCUGCAUUUUGCUAGCUGAAAUGCAACCAAUUGAUAUUGGCGUUAGUAGAAAUUGUUAAAAUUGAUUGCCUAGAGAUGAAGGGGUGACUUCUUCUUUUUGUAAUUUUUGUGGUAUUUGCCGAGGUGUCUUGACAAGUUGUUCCGGAGAUAUUGAUGAAGAGCAAUUUUAUUUGUACUUAUAGUUGUUUUAUUACUUAAGCAGGUUGUUGGCAAGCAUGCUUUUGAUCUCUGUAUGGAUUUUUAAUAAGCAGUAUUAUACAUACACAAUGUUCUUGUUAUGUUUC